AUGGAUGGUAUUCUUGCAGCAGCUGUAAAGGCAGCUGAAGGGGCCCUUAAGUUCGGGCACCCCACAGGCUAUGCCUGGCUGCAAACUGUGCGGGAUAUGAAGCGGCUGACGGGGCUGAUGAUGCACUGGCGACUUCAGCUGUACCUACAGGUGACCGUGCUGCUGCUGCUGCUGCUGCUGCUGCUGCUGGUGCUGCUGCUGCUGCUGCUGCUGCUGCUGGUUUUGCUUGCUGCAGUAUUUUUUGGUUGCGCGAAUGAACUGCAGCUGCAUCUGCUGCUGGAGCAUCAACAGCAGUUUGACGCCUCAGGCGUUCCUCCACACUCGCUGCAGCAGCAGCAGAAGCAACAAAAGCAGCAGCAGCAGCAGCAGAAGCAACAGAAGCAGCAGCAGCAGCAGCAGCGCUCUGCGCUUGCUGCAGUACUUGCGGCUUUCAGCUGCCGCACAUACGACGUUUUUUGCUGCAGCAGCUGCGCUUGCUAUGCUGAUAGAGCUUCCUGCAGCAGCAGCUUGCUGCAGUGCUUAGCAGCAGCAGCAGCAGCAGCAGCAGCAGCAGCAGCAACUGUGCGUUUGUGUGUGUGUGGCUGUGUGCUGCUGCUGCUGCAGCAAAAGCCGCCAAUGCCGGGCAGCAGCAUUUGGUCUUACUACUCCGGCCCCGAAUGCGGGCCCGCGUUUGGAGUUGCUGCUGCUCGCGUGCUGCUGCUGCUGCUGCUGGAGCCGCUGCUGCUGCAGCGGCUGCAGGCCUACCGGCGGCUUUGCUGCUGCAUGCAGCAGCAGCUGGGAUUUGCUGCAGCUUUUGCUUCCCCGCUGCGGCUGUUUGCUGCUGCGCUGCUGCUGUUUGAUUUCUUCCCCAUGGCCUGCUGGCCCCUCACCCACUUAGCCAUUUACAGGUGCCGCUGCUUCUUUGCUUCCUAA